AUGGGUAACAAGAAUAAUGAAAAACCAGGAGAAGGAUUAAGUUCUUUAAGAUCCACAACAGCUUUCAGAGUUAUAAACUUUGAAUUAUAUGCAAAACCUAAUAUUGUAAUUAUGAGCAUAGGUGUCACAUGCUUUGGCUUAGCCCUGGGUUACAUAGCCUACAUGCGACAAAAAUAUGAAGCAAUGGGAUAUUAUGCUGCUUUAGAUAAAGAUGGAAAAGAAGUGUUUGAAAAGAAAAAGUCCAAAUGGGAU